GAGCGUGAGCAUGACAGCCGAGCGGGGCUGUUAUAUAAUACCAAGCUCAUCGACCACAGGACCCAGUAGUGGACUCUGACAGCGCGGUUAACUUGGUGGCGCUGGACCCACCUCGGCUCUAAACUGUUGCGUUCCUCAGGCAGAACCUCCGCAGGUGACAGCUCGCCAUGAGCUCGCGCGGUAACGCCUCGUGUUUUCCUCAAGCCGAGCGGGUGGCUAUCUUCGGCGGCACGCACGGGAACGAGAUGUCCGGCGUCACGCUGGUCAAUAUGUGGAUGAAGAACCGCGCGGAGAUCGAGAGGAGCGGAGUGGCCGUCAGAGCCUUCAUAACAAACCCCAGAGCCGUGGAGAAGUGCUCGAGAUACAUCGACACGGACCUGAACAGAGCCUUCACUCCGGAAAACCUCAGCACACCCAGUGGAGACGGGCUACCAUAUGAAGUUCAGAGAGCCAAGGAAGUUAAUCAGAUCUUUGGGCCCAAGGGUAGCCCAGACGCCUAUGAUGUCAUCUUUGACCUCCACAACACCACAUCCAACAUGGGCUCCACCCUCAUCUUGGAGAGCUCCACAGACCACUUCAACCUUCAGAUGGUGCACUACAUCAAAAAAGCCAUUGCUCCAGAGAGCUGCAUGGUACUGCUGAACGAGCACCCUCAACUCAAGUAUUCAACCACCCGCUCAGUGGCCAAACACCCUGUAGGUCUUGAAGUGGGUCCUCAGCCUCAAGGUGUUUUGAGAAGCAAUAUCUUCGAGUCCAUGCGGGCGAUAAUGAAGCACGCUCUGGACUUCAUCGAGCUGUUUAAUAGCGGUGUGGAGUUUCCAGCAUGCUCUGUAGAAGUGUUCAGGGUGCAUGAAAGAGUGGACUACCCCAGAGACACCAACGGCAACAUCACAGCUAUGGUUCAUCCACACCUACAGGACUGUGACUGGGAGCCGUUAAACCCGGGUGAUCCAAUGUUCCAAACGUUUGACGGCAGGACUAUCCCUUAUGAAGGUGCCAGUCCAGUGUACCCCACGUUCAUUAACGAGGCCGCUUACUACGAGAAACAACAGGCCUUCAUCACCACCCGCAGGGAAACGCUAGCUGCCAACGCCAUUAGAAAAAUCUCCAAAUAGCUGCACCAGCUUCCAGUUUCGCCAGCGUUUCACCUUUUAACAUUUAUUCUUACCUUGAUUAGAUAUAUUCUGUCCACAAACAGAUAACAAAUGUAUUUUAUUUCUCAUUUAUUUUAUUAUUCAGACUGAUGUAAGUCUAGUUUACUGAAAAAUGACCUAUUUGCAAUACAAAGAAACGUCAGAUUUUUUUAGGUUUGUUUGUUUUGUUACAGCUAACAUUUUUUGAAAAGCGAGUGACCACUUCUUUUCAUGGAAUACUGGACUACAGAAUACAUUUAUAUUUAUAGUCAUUGAUUUUAAAGACUGAUGAAUUUAUGCACAUUUAAGUCUGUGUUCUUGUACUUUAUUUACCAGACUAAACCUCAGGAACACAGAAACUACAAAUAUCUCACUUGAUUUUCCAGCCUUUGUACUGUGUAGUCUCAUAACACCUCCCAGCUGGAAGUCUCUCUUCUGGAGGAGGUGAGAGGACGUUUAAAACUAGAGUGAUUGAGCUCCUUCUGUUACAGUUUGAGCUUGUUUUGUUUUCAUGCACCAUAAUAGAACUUCUUAAGCUGUGGUCCCUUCCCCUGUGAUUCAGUACAAACACACAUAUCAACCUGAAACCGCCUUAAAAUUAGCAACCACAAGAAAACCUCUCAAGAUAUCUGUGUAAGACAUGCUAUGUGUCAACAUCUUUAAACCGCAGGCUUAUUAUUCAGUUAUUAAUGUGAAGGUUUGUUACCCAGUAUGUAAGAAUUUUUCAGUAACUAAUAUAUAAAAUGAGUGUUUAUCAUUAUGAGAGUGAUGAAUAGAAGAUGUUUUAAAGGUUUUUAAACCUGAUCUCUAUCUGCUGCCUCUGUAAUACGGUGGAUUAGCACAAAUAAUCGUUUUAAUACAGUGCACUUUAUUUAGUAUAUGAACAGAAAGCCUGUUGACUCAAAAGGCACUUUGUGCUCCUGCCCAUUGGCUUCUAUUGUAAGUGCUUUUCAAGUCUUGCGGCUUUUGUGUUCUUUUCUAAGUACAGGGCAAUUAUCAUCUGUAGUAAAGAACUGUACACUGCAGAUAGGAAUGAGGUGCAAAAAUGCUUGAGUAUUUCUAUGAGGGAUUAAGGGUCAAAGGGGAAUUCCAUCAAUUUUUCAGAAUUUCUGCACAAUUACACCUAUAAGAUGAAAACAAAGUCAUUCAGAGUAGUUUGAUGUGAAAUGCUCCGUUCUAGACAAAACUUACCGAGUAAGAACUGUUCACAAUGGUGGUGAUGGGAACCAGACCUCCAAAGAGUUCCCUGUAAAAGCUACACUAUCGGGAAAAAAGGUACUAUACUUGCACUAGGGUGGUAUGUUUUUCGUACCUUUAGUUAGGGAACAUAAUUGCACUCCAUAUACCCUGUCUUGACUCCAGGCUUUUUGUUUUAUUUUUCUGUUAUUAAAAUAUUAGGUUAUGAAAAGAUACAUUGGAACAUUUUUGCUGGUCCAUUCAGCAAGAAAGUUUGAUACAAUUAAAUUUAAAUUAUGCCAAAUUAUAAAAAAAAAAAAAUUAAUAAGCAACCAAAAUUGGGAUACAGGGUUUUGUUUUGACAGCGACGAUAUAAAGACUUAGAGGACAUGAAGGUUCACUGGUUGUUUUGGAUAGUAAAUAAAAUGUCUGUUGUAGGUGUGCAGACAUCACGAUCCAUCGUAACUGUCAGUGUUAUUGUAACGAAAUCAGAGUUGGUUAAGUUGCGCGACAGUGACCAGUUCACAUUAAAAAAACUCUGCAUGACUGUUUACAUCUCAAUUAAUGAAUUAUCCAGAAAUUCUGAAAAGACACAAAAAUUCUCCUUUAAGAAUGACCCUGAGAAAGUUCUCUACCUGUACUGUUGUUUGUGCAUUAAUCUGCAUCAAAGAAACUGCAUUUUCUGAUCUGACCCUAAUGGCCCACUCUGUGUGGUCCAGAUAGAAUAUGGCCUAUCUUUUGUGUUCACAUGGAAAACAACUAUGUAAUUUUUUUUUUUGUCUUUUUUGUGGUCCACUGUCUGUGUACUUUUGGGACUGCCCAAAACAGGGAACCAUCUUCCAGGUUUGAGUUGACUGGUGCUGUCUUGCCGUUGCCUUAAGAACAUGCUGUGAUUGGAUAAGUUUUCGUCAGACAAGUAGAAAUGGAAAAAAUGGAUAUGUACAGUUCAACCAUUUGGUGUCUCGUAGGAACAGAUGGAACAAAUGCUCCUUUGAUCGUAUUGUGGUCUUGUUAUCGUGUGAUAAAAUGUAUACCUCGUGCUUCAGCGCUCCACAGAACCUGAAAGAAGGGUUGACUUCAAUUGUUUGUGCUCAUUGUGAGAAAUUGUGUGAUCUUUCCACUGUGAUAAACUGCCUGUUUUUACAAGACCUCAAAAUCUCCCUCCCUUUAAUGUGUCAUAUUUUAUAAUGACAGAUUUUUAACCACAAAGCUCUAUAUGAUCAUACUGACCUAUGCAAAGAAUAUUGUAUUUUCUUUAUGUGGCACAUAGUGUCUGUUUCUAGGUGCAUUCUGAGGUGUAGUGCUUAGCGCUCCUGGACAAUCAAGUUAAAACAUGUUAAAUGUUAAAUAUGUAUGAUGUAUUAAUGUAAUAUUUGAUGAUUCUAUAUUUGUAAGUUACAAAUUGUUAGUCCAACUUUUAUUACAUUGAUUAAUUAUGAGUAAAUCAUUUGUAAUAAACUUGUAUCAGCUGUCUGUA